AUGAAUACAACGUCUCUAAGAAAAAUUCCCACAAAGGAAUCCGAAUCAUCAUCUUCUUCAUCAAGUUUAGAUCAAACAAAGAAAACCAAAUUAAUAAAUCAUGAACUUGCAUUUGAAGAACUUAGAAUAGCCGAAAGACCAGAUGUUGGAUUCAGUGGAAAAACUAUUGGUCUAAAAUGCAAUUAUCUUAGAAUUAAAGCGUUACCGAAAGUGGAUAUUUAUCAUUACAAAUUCACGGUUAAACCAUUUGUACAAAAACCAAAAUUACUUUUCAAAAUAUUUUGUCACCUUUGUUUAAUAAAUAAAUUUGGAAAUCUUCAUCCCAUCUUUGAUGGAAGAGAAACCAUUUAUUCAUCAUCACCACUUACAUUUGAUCAAGAUAUAAAUUUUAAAAUUGUGAAUUUUAAACCACUUCAAGAAUAUAUUAAUAAACGAAGACCGCUUACCAAAGAAGUUGUAAGAUGUAAUCAAAUAUUAAAUGUUAUUAUUAAUUUUUCCGCUCAAUGUAAAUUUGAUGUGAAUAAUGUUGACGAAUGGUGUAAUCGUAUGGCUAAAAAUCGAAUAUUGGGAGGAAUUAAUAAAGAAAAUAUGGUCAUAAAUGUUGACUUUAAUGAACCUGAUUUGAGAAUUCCCGCGGAACCUUUAGUUAAAGUUAUUGCAAGAUUGUUGUUUGUACAUCGAGGAAAUCCCAAAACCCGAUAUAAAAUUCAUGGUAUCGCUGAUAUCAUAACAGAAUUUCAAAAUGUAAUCACUGAUGAUGUUAAAGAAAAACUUUUUAUGCCAAUUGAAGUUUGCGAAGUUUUAUCCGGACAAAGGUUAGAGGCCAUAGAAGAUAAUUCAGGGAUUGGUAUCAAACUUACUACCGAAAAUCAAGAUCGUUUUCAAUAUAUUUCCGAACGCGUAGAAAAUGUCUUACAAUUCGAUAAUGCUGAAUGUCGUUUGCUGAAUCCUCCAAAACUCCUUUGUGAAGAGGAAGGUAAAUUAACUGAGGUGAAGACAAAAGGAGGAAGGUGGACCUUUGAGAAUCGAGUAGUUCAAGUGCCAAAACAACUCGAAAAUUGGUCGGUAAUUUCAUUUGACGAUGAACGAACUAAUUCUCGUAUUCAGAAAUUUAUUAAAGAAUUAAUUGACACAUUAAAUGAACUUGGUUUGGGCGUUGUAAACAAGCCUCCAAUUCUUGUUGGAAACAAACAUUCAAUCAGGAUGGCGAUGGGAAUUGCAUUUAAGAAGGCAGCAAUUAAUAAAAAUCUAGCACCUCAAUUAAUCGUCGUUAUUAUUACUAAUCAUUCGAAACCAUUAUAUGCCGAAAUAAAGAAAGUUGCAGAGAUUGAAUUAGGAAUAGCGACACAAGUUAUCACUUCAGAUAAAAUGAUCUUUCGAUACAAUAAACCAUUACUUGCUAAUAUUGGUUUGAAGAUUAAUACAAAGAUUGGAGGAAAAAAUUUUCAACUUGCGGAUGAAGAUAUGGGUGCAGAUAAUUCUCAUCCAUCUGCGUUAUGUAAAAUAAAGAAAAGCAUUUGUGGCGUAUCCGGAUCUAUGGAUUCGUCUCUCACGACUUAUGUUGGAAGAUCAAGCGUGCAAAAAGUCCUUUUCAAUCCAUUCGUUGAAAAUCUAGAAGAAAUGAUUCAUGACUUACUGAAAAACUAUUAUGAUCGAAAUCAAAAACUUCCACAGAGAAUUCUUUAUUAUAGGAGUGGUCUCAACAAUAAUCAAUUUCGGGAUGUUUUGAAUAUUGAAUGUAUUUCACUCAAAGCUGCUUUCGCAAGAUCAUAUCAAUCUGUAAUGCCUACUUUAACUUAUAUCAUUGCCGAAAAAAGUCAACAUACCAGGUUUUUACCCGAAAAUCCCGAAGACGCGGAUCAAUUUGGACAUCCCAGAAGUGGAAUUGUAGUUGAUCGUGGAAUUACUAUUAAACAAGAAUUUGAUUUCUAUCUUCAAUCACAUCCCUCAUCGAAUGCACAAAGUCGUCCCACUCAUUAUCAUGUUCUCUACGAUGAGAAUAAUUUUAAUUCAGAAGAAUUACAAUCCAUUACUUAUAAACUUUGCUUUUUGUCUUCAAGUUGUACGCACGCUAUUUCAAUGCCUGUUUGCCUUUCUUACGCGUCCGGAGUAGCAAAUAGAUAUCGAUUAAUUUGCAAUGCUGCCAAUCGUGAUAAUCACCCCGAAGCUAUGGAUAUCGAUGAGAAUGAUAAUGAGAGCAACAAUAAGAAAAAUAAGAAGUUUGAUGAUAAUAAUUUUCAAUAUAUUCUUCCAAUCCCCAAUGAAAAAUGUCAAAAUAUGAUGUAUUUUGUUUAA